CGGGGGUGGGACUGCGAAGGGGGGGGAUUCCCUCCCUCGUGCUCGCGGAGGACUGGCCCCUCUCCGGGCUGGGAGCUCCGGCAGAGCGGAGGCGCGACGGAGAGCACCAGCGCAGGGCGGAGAGCCCGGAGCGGCCGGCCAGAGUACAGCAUUCACUCGGGUGCUGCAGAGAACCAGGGCUGCUCCAAGCCGCCCCGGAGGACCGAUGCGCCGGGUGGGGCGCUGGCCCCGAGGGCGUGAGCCGUCCGCAGAUUGAGCAACUUGGGAACGGGCGGGCCGAGCGCAGGCGAGCCGGGAGCCCAAGACAGUCCCGCAGCUGGCGGGUGAACGAACCGCGCCCUCGCCCCUCCCCGGCCUGCCCCCCCGCCACGACUGGCAGCACCACGGUUGGUUUUUGGAGUAGACCCUGCUGACGUGACAAAGAGAUCUCCCAUGUGACACUCCGAGGUGCCUUUGAGGAAGUCUCUCUUUGAGGACCUCCCUUUGAGCUGAUGGAGAACUGGGCUCCCCACACCCUCUCUGUCCCCAGCUGAGAUUAUGGUGGAUUUGGGCUACGGCCCAGGCCUGGGCCUCCUGCUGCUGACCCAGCCCCGGAGGUGUUAGCAAGAGCCGUGUGCUGUCCACCCUCCCCGAGACCACCCCUCCGACCAGGGGCCUGGAGCUGGCACGUGACUAUGCGGCUUGGGCUGUGUGUGGUGGCCCUGGUUCUGAGCUGGACGCCCCUCACCAUCGGCAGCCGGGGGAUCAAGGGGAAGAGGCAGAGGCGGAUCAGUGCCGAGGGGAGCCAGGCCUGUGCCAAAGGCUGUGAGCUCUGCUCCGAAGUCAACGGCUGCCUUAAGUGCUCUCCCAAGCUGUUCAUCCUGCUGGAGAGGAACGACAUCCGCCAGGUGGGCGUCUGCUUGCCGUCCUGCCCACCUGGAUACUUCGACGCCCGCAACCCGGACAUGAACAAGUGCAUCAAAUGCAAGAUUGAGCACUGCGAGGCCUGCUUCAGCCACAACUUCUGCACCAAGUGCAAGGAGGGCUUGUACCUGCACAAGGGCCGCUGCUAUCCAGCCUGUCCUGAGGGCUCCUCAGCUGCCAAUGGCACCAUGGAGUGCAGUAGUCCUGUGCAAUGUGAAAUGAGUGAGUGGUCCCCCUGGGGGCCCUGCUCCAAGAAGAAGAAGCUCUGUGGUUUCCGGAGGGGCUCCGAGGAGCGGACACGCAGGGUGCUCCAGGCCCCUGGGGGGGACCAUUCUGCCUGCUCUGACACCAAGGAGGCCCGGAGGUGCACAGUGAGGAGGGUGCCGUGUCCUGAGGGGCAGAAGAGGAGGAAGGGAGGCCAGGGCCGGCGGGAGAAUGCCAACAGGAACCUGGCCAGGAAGGAGGGCAAGGAGGCGGGCACUGGCUCUCGAAGACGCAAGGGGCAGCAACAGCAGCAGCAACAAGGGACGGUGGGGCCACUCACAUCUGCAGGGCCCACCUAGGGACAUUGUCCAGCCUCCAGGCCCAUGCAGGAAGAGUUCAGUGCUGCUCUGUGUAAUUAAAGCUUUCCUGAACUGGAAUGUUGGGGGCAAAGCAUACACACACACUCCAUCCAUCCAUUCACACAUAGACACAAUACACACGCACUCAAACCCCUGUCUACAUAGAUAACCAUACAUGCGUGCACACAUGUGUGUGCAUGUACACACAGACAGACACAGACACACACACACACACACACACACACACACACACACACACACAUCCCUGAGGCCACCAGAAGACAUUUCCAUCCCUCGGGCCCAGCAGUACACAUUUGGUUUCCAGUGCUCCCAGUGGACAUGUCAGAGACAAUGCUUCCCACGUCUGAGACCAAACUGCAGAGGGGAGCCUUCUGGAGAAGCUACUGGGAUUGGGCCAGUUGGUGUGGUAGUUGGGAGCCAAGCUUGAGGACUGCUGGUGACCCAGGGAGAAGCCUUCUUCCCGCCCCGGUCGGCACGCCCAGCUGUGUGACUUUAUCGUUGGAGAGUAUUGUUACCCUUCCAUGAUACGUAUCAGGACUAACCUGACUCUGAAAACUGCUUAAAGGUUUAUUUCAAAUUAAAAACAAAAAAUCAACAACAGCAGUAGCCACAGGCACCACAUUCCUUCCUUUGCAGGUGUGAGGAUUGGCAAGGUAUGCAUGGGAGCAAGAAGGGACAGGGCAUUUCAAGAGACCCCAAAUAGCCUGCUGAAUAGAGGGUCAUGCAGAGAAGGACGAAAACGUAGGGGAUGCUCUGAGGGUGGUAAACAGGCUCUCUAUAUCCUCGUUACUCAGAGUGUGGCCUGGGGAAGCAGUGUUGUCACGGGGCAGCUUGUUCGGAAUGAGAAUCUCAGGUCUCAUUCCAGACCUGGUGAGCCAGAGUCUGAAUUGUAACAACAUUCCUGAUGAUUGGCGUGUUAUCCAAAUGUGAGAAGUGCUGCUGUAAUUCCCCUUAAAGGAUGGGACAAAGGGCCCCGGCCAUCUUGCAGCAGGAGGGAUUCUGGUCAGCUAUAAAGGAGGACUUUCCAUCUGGGAGAGGCAGAAUCUGUAUUCAGAAGGGCUAGUGGCACUGCUGGGGGAAAGGGGUGCAUAGGUUCCCAGCGAUGGUUGGGGACAGUCCUGCUCAAAGGGAGGGCAGUGGAUGGAAUGACCCCUUGUGGCAUUCUGAAGUGUGUACCAGGCUCUGGACUACAUGCUAGGUUUCCAGGGAGUAGCCAAACACAGGCCUUGCUCUUUUGGAGCUUGGAGGUUGGUGGGGAAAAUUAUAGGCAUGCACCAAGGAAUCAUACAAACGCAUAUAUAACUACAAAAGGAUGCAGCCAAGGGCAGGUGGCCACUGGCAUCUAUGUACAGCUAGGAAAUAAAAUACUUCCUCUCGGGGAGGCUUCUCAAAGGACAUGAUAUUUGAGCCAAACUCGGGUAGAAGGAUUUAAAACAAAGACAGGUGCUGUCUAAUGGAAAUAUGUGAGCCACAUAUAUUUUUGUCUAGGCAGGGUGGCUCAUAUCGGUAAUCCUAACACUUUGGGAGGCAAAGAUGGGAGGAUGACUUGAGCCCAGGAGUUUGAGACCAGCCUGCGCUGCAUGGUGAAACUACUGGGAUUGGGCCAUCUCUAAAACAAACCAAAAAAAUGUUUUUUCUAGUAGCUACAGUAUAAAAAGGAAAAAGAAAAAGAUGAGGUUAAUUUUAAUUACGUCCAUUAC